AUGCCGCUCGCAUAUUCAUUCCCCGGAGUCGCCGUCAUCACCGGAGCUGGCGGCACAGGCAUCGGAGCAGCCACAGCUCGAGCAUUCGCCCAGGCAGGAUGUUCAAACAUCGCAAUUACAGAUGUCAACCUAGAAUCUCUCGAACAAACCCGACAAUCUAUCCUCACCACAUACCCCAACACUCAACUAAUGGCCCAAGCAGGAAACGUUGCAGACGAACAAUUCGUUGAAUCCUUUAUGGGCCAUGUAGUCGACACGUUCGGGCGCAUUGACUACGCAGUCAACUGCGCAGGGAUUUUGGGGAACGCACAACGAUCGACAGAGACGACGACAGAAACCUUCGAUCAUAUCAACAACGUCAACUAUCGAGGAUCCUUUCUCUGUUCGCGAGCAGAGUUGAAGCAUAUGCUCCGGCAAGAUCCCCUUCCAAGCCACGACCCCGAUCGUACCCCGCAACGAGGAUCGGUGGUCAACGUUGCCAGUCAGUUGGGGAUUGUUGGACGGCCUAGCGCUCCCGCAUACUGUGCUUCCAAAGCUGCUAUCAUAGCCAUGACUCGGUCGGAUGCGAUAGAUUACUCGAAGGACAAUAUCCGGGUGAAUUGUGUCUGUCCCGGCGUUAUCGAGACGCCCAUGACCACAUACAGCGAGGAGGUCCGAGAGCGAUUGAAGCCGGCCGUCGAUAUUGCUCCGAUGAAGAGAAUGGGGAAGCCAACGGAGGUUGCUGAUACAAUCUUGUUCCUAUGCUCGACGUUUGCAUCUUUUGUGCAGGGGCAUGCGCUUGUUGUCGAUGGAGGGUACUCUUGA